AUGGCUUUGAGGUGGAACAGCAAGAGGCGCUCAAAUGCUUUCAUCACCACAGAGGCCAACGAUGCCUCGGACUACUUCCCCGUCUGGGGAACUUGUCUGGGCUUCGAGCAGCUGACUGUCUUAACAGCGAAGAAGCACCUGCUCACGCUCACUGACACCCACGCUGUGGCUCUGCCGCUCAACUUCACACGAAGAGCCCGUUCCAGCCGUCUGUUUCGGAGUUUCCCCAAAGAUGUGCUGAGGUCUCUGACCGAGGAAAACAUCACGGCCAACUUCCACAAGUGGAGUCUGUCCACCAAGAACUUCAGCGCGAAUCCCACGCUGAAGAAGUUUUACAAGGUCCUGUCGACGAACCACGAUGGGAAACAAGAAUUCAUCUCAACCAUGGAAGCCUACCGGUAUCCAAUUUAUGGAGUUCUGUGGCAUCCGGAGAAAAACCCCUUUGAGUGGGUGGACAAACCGGGGAUGAUUCACUCCACCGCUGCAACAAGAGUCGCCUUCUACUCUAACAGCUUCUUCGUCUCUGAAGCCAUGAAGAACAACCACAGUUUCCCGAGUCGGGAGGAGGAGGAGAGAGCGCUCAUCUACAACUUCUGUCCUGUCUUCAAAGGCAUGGACUCCGUCUUCGUUCAGAGCUACUACUUUGAUUGA